AUGGCUUUUGGACAUGAUUCUAGAUCUUCCCUCAUCAGAAUAAGGGACGAAUCCGAUCCAACCUCGAGCUACGGAGGCUACCACAGUCGUCAGGGUCUAGCCCCGCCAAUUAUAAGUGUAUCUGGAGGAGGCAAAAUGUACAGGCCAACCACGCCGUGGGCAUGGGCUUUCAUGAUCACAACCAUCGUUCAGGCUAUGAACGUUUUAGCCAUUGAAUCGUAUCUCUUCGCAAAAUUUCAGUCAAGUUUGAUGCCAGGCUUAGAUCCUACCCCCCUCUCCAAAACCAUUCCAACCUACUUAACACUAUUUAUCUUUGGAUUUCUUUAUCAAAUGCUUCUCGUGUACGAUUCGCUGCGGCUGAAGAACACUAUUCAAGUCAUUGGGCUUUGUAUUUACAACGUUGGAAUGCUCAUAUAUGCAGCCAUACAAUUCGAUCAAAUCAAACGGGCGAUAACGGGAUUAUCGGAAGCGAAAUACAUUCACCCAAGUAACACUGUAUGGCAUGAUGUGAGACCAUUUCUUAUGGCCGUACCCUGCAUCAUUGCUGCCUUCACCUUGGCGCUGUCCAUUAUCGCGUGGAAACUCUACGAUGAAUUUGCAUGGACAAUCUAUAAACAUAUAAGCGCAGACUUGAGAAUGAAACGUCGUUUUCUAACCUUUCAGAUUUACAUUGCUUUGUUGAAGUUUGAUUUCUUCUUCUUCCUUGGGUUCACAGUUCAAUUUGUUGUAAUUGUGACUGGACUUGCGGAUGCAGAAUACGCUCUCACCAUUGCUGCGAUUCCCUUGACCGUACUAAUCCUUACUAUGGCUGGAUUCUGGACGCGGCGAGAAAAUAAAAUUGGCAUGGUCGUUACCCUCUUCUUUUACUUCUGUGGAUUAGCGUACUUCAUCUUUAAGCUUGCCCGAAUGUAUCAAGGCAAGCAUGAGAGCAAUUAUCUUCCUGUUCGGAAAAGUUUGACAAGCUUUGCCGUUCUCACCAUUAUCUUGAUCAUCCUCACCAUAAUUAACGCCUCUGUUUGCACAGCAAACUUCGGAAUGGGCCUCAAGCCACAUAUAAUGAAGAGAAAAAUAGGCGGAGAAGAGGCGGCUGAAAAAGACAUUAUGACCGAAUUACCAGAUCUAAAACAUGGACCUGUUUCUAGUCGAAUGACGAUUGAUUGA